GUGCUCGACGAAGAGCUCGAGGAGGAGGAGGUCUCCUGGAACCCUUCGGAUGUCGAGGAGGCGGACAAGAGGGGGGCCAAGAGGAACGUGCAGGACAUCUGGUUUCGUCCGGAUGGGCAGGCUCCACAGAAGAAGGCCGCGAAGAGGGAGACUGGGGCAAGGGCGAAGAGCAAGUCGAGGCCACAGCCACGUGUGCCGAAGGUGCCGAAGGCGAAGAACGUGGUGACGAAGCCAAUGCCAAAGAGGCCGGUUCCGCCCGCCUACCCGCCACCGAAGGCUGCUGGACCGAAGGCUACUGGAGCCAAGGCUGCUGGAGCCAAGGCUGCUGGACCCAAGGCUGCAGUGGAGGUUCCGCCGCCGAAGGCUUUGUUUGCCCUCUCGAGAUGGAGGCCAAAAGGCAAGGUGGUGAUUGGCCAGGAUGGCUCUGGCUAUAUCGCCGGCGAGAG